UUGUUCCGUUUCGUUACUUUUGAGAAAAGCAAAAGACUACAGCUUCGCUUUGUUUUUGCUUCCUUUGUUCUUUGAAGAAGACAAAUCCCCGCAACGUUCGCACUACAUGGUGCAGAGCGUGAGCGUGGAUCCAUCGGAUCGGGACUCGGAGCCGUUUGUGGAGGUGGACCCCACAGGGAGAUACGGGCGAUACGACGAGCUUUUAGGCUAUGGAGCGGUGAAAAAAGUGUACAGAGCGUUUGAUCAAGAAGAAGGGAUUGAAGUAGCAUGGAACCAAGUGAAAUUACGGAAUUUCAUGGACGAUCAGCCGGUGAUUGACCGGUUAUACUCGGAAGUCCGGCUAUUGAAAACCUUAAAGCAUAAGAACAUAAUCGCAUUGUACUCUGUUUGGAGGGACCAAAAUCGCAACACUUUGAAUUUCAUAACGGAGGUUUGUACGUCAGGGAAUUUGAGGGAGUAUAGGAAUAAACACAAACAUGUUUCGAUGAAGGCGGUAAAGAAGUGGUCCAAGCAGAUUCUCAAGGGGUUGGAUUAUUUGCAUACACAUGAACCUUGCGUUAUUCACAGGGAUCUCAAUUGCAGUAACGUCUUCAUUAAUGGCAAUGUUGGACAGGUUAAGAUUGGUGAUUUGGGCUUUGCAACAAUAGUAGGGAAGAGUCAUUCAGCACAUUCAGUUCUUGGGACCCCGGAAUUCAUGGCACCAGAGCUAUACGACGAGGAUUAUACAGAGUUGAUCGAUAUCUACUCGUUUGGAAUGUGUGUUUUGGAGAUGGUGACUCUGGAUUUACCCUACAGUGAGUGUGACAAUGUAGUCAAGAUAUACAAGAAGGUAAUAUCUGGAGUGAGGCCUAAGGCAAUGGACAAGGUUAAAGACCCUGAGGUCAAGGGCUUCAUUGAGAAGUGUCUUGCUCAACCCAGGGUUAGGCCUUCUGCUUCUGAACUCCUUGAAGACCCCUUCUUCGAAGGUAUUGAUGAUGACGAAAACGACAACGACAACGAAGAAUAUACUGCUAUUAACAAAUAUUGGCCUGCCUAGGUUAGCCAUUGUUAUUAUAUGAUAUUAGUUAGUACAAUAUUAGUUUUUGGUGUGGUGUUUUGGUGAUACUUGUGGCAGGUUUGGAUCUGUUUUGUGGAUAGGAUUUUUGCUUUUUCUUCCAAAAAGAAGAAAGAAAAUGGUUUGCUUUUUUUGAAACUUCUGCAAAAGAAAGACAAUAGAAAGAGUGGAUUUUGGUGAAGUAAUUUGUACAUAAACUUGAUAUCAAAUACUACUGGAAGAGUGGAAGUUUGUUUUGAAUU